CCGGUUACGGUAACAGGCGUGCGCUUGAUGGCAGCGCUCUCUUUGUAUGGGCGCCCAGCAAAGUAGUAGCAGCAGCAGCAGUACAGUAGUGUAGGAGUGCAGUAGUACAGCAGUCAGUGUAGUAGUACAGUAUCGAAGCAGUUCGAGCUGCAGCUCAGGCUCGCCGGACUAAACAUCGCUACCGUCAAAUAAACAGGCGGAGAGGCAUCUUGCAGUGAGUUACUCGCUCCCAAAUCGUUUUUCAUUUUGAAUUCAUUCAUUGUCAACGAAGAAGUGCGUCGACGUCGAAGUUGGGGGGAGUCGCUGGAGCUUGAAAACCGGCAUGGAGAGAAGCCCUCGUUCCAAAACUUGCGGGAGCCUGUAAAGUCCGCUUUUCGGCUUCGUAAAAGUCCCGGAGAGCGGCGCUUGGCUCGUGGAUGUCCGUCCUCGGCUUUGAACGCAGACCUCCAACUUUGUAAAACAACAGAACGAACCGAACAUUCGUAUUCGUUGUCGUGGGAGGCAGAAAGAACAGAAGAAGAAUAGAAGAAGAGUAGAAGAAGAAUAGGAGAGCGGGAGAAGUGGAUGUGUGUCCGGCCAUGGAUGUGACAGUUUACCCAGCACCUCCCCAGCUUCUGGCCGCGUCAGAGCACAGCAGACUGGGGCAGCUCUCCUACCCCGACCCGGCCUUCGGGACCAGCAAGUUGGAAGGAGACACCAUGUUCCUGAAUAUGCAAGAAACGGGCUUCGACUAUGGUUCAAACAACCAGUUUCGUGUGCCGCAGCCCCCUCAGCCCCUCAGCAAAGUGACACCUCCCAACCCUGCCUCGCAACACUGGAGGAGGGACACGCACAUGCACGACACGCACCGUCUGCCUUGGUCUUAUUCAAUGGGAGGUUUGGGUGAUGAUGACUACAACAUUCCACCCAUCACUCCCCCUACUUUGCCAGACCACAUGAUGCCCCCGCAUCUGCCCCACGAUUCCUCAACUGGACCCUAUCCCCCUCUGGAUACCAACACCAGCUCAACGUCACACCACCCCUACCAGCUACAGGGUAUGAAUCUGGCCGGAAUGCCUGCCAGUCAGGAUGGAGCGCCUAUGCUGAGCCAAGAUGGGGGUACAUUCAGCCCAGACGGGUCAACCAUGACCAAUACUCUAUCUGUGAUGCAGCAGAUGGUAAACUCUGAUUCUCGGUUUACCAGCAGCCAACAGCCCAUUGAAGCGGCGCUCGGACCCAAAAACCCGUCAGGCAUGACCCAAGCGAGUCAGUUGUCCACCAUCAACCAAUCCCAGCUGGGACUCAGUGGGAACUCUGUUACCCACAAUUCUCCAUCUCCUCCUGGAAGUAAAUCAGCUACGCCAUCUCCGUCCAGCUCAGCACAUGAGGACGACAACGAUGAUGGAUUCAGGGGCAAUGGAGGUGAGAAACGACCAGCAGCGUUUGACAUCUCCAAGAAACCCAAGACGCCAAAGAAGAAGAAGCGAAAGGACCCCAAUGAGCCAGUGAAGCCGGUGUCUGCCUACGCCUUGUUCUUCAGGGACACUCAAGCUAACAUUAAGGCCCAGAACCCCAACGCCACCUUUGGAGAGGUGUCAAAGAUUGUAGCCUCCAUGUGGGAUGGCCUGGGAGAGGAGCAGAAACAGGCGUAUAAGAAGAAGACAGAGACCGCGAAGAAGGAGUAUCUGAAACAAUUGGCUGCCUACAGGGCCAGUCUGGUCUCGCAGAGUUACAACGAUCCAUCUGAGAUGAAGCCGCCCCACUCUUCCUCAUCGUCCUCUUCGUCCUCCGCCUCCAUGUUCACAUCCAAGCCAUCUGUCUACACAGGCCAGCACCCUUCCUCCAGCUCACUGGCCCACCCGCUCCCACCCCCCCAGCACCCAGGCAUUUACAUGCCAUACCCUCACCCGUCAAACCUCACCCACCAUCCCUCGAACCCCGGCCUUGGACACCCUCACCUCCCCCCACCGCACGCUCAGAUCCAUCCCCAGCUCCAUGCCCUGUCCUCAAGAGGGACAGUGCCACGUCCCAGUUUGCCUCACCAGGGAGGGCUGUCCCUUGGCGGUGUGGUGCAAGCCUCCACCCCACCUCAUCAGGUCAGCCCUCCGCUCCACAGCCAGGCACACCUGGGUGGGCUGCACAGUCCACACCAGCAGCACCAGCAGCAUCAGCAGCUCAGCGGUCACUCACUGGGGAUGACACACUCUCCAGCCAUCGCACAGGCCUACUCCCUCCAGCCGGAGUAUCAGCCAAUCGGAGGAGGCCUGAUGAAUAGCGGAGCGGUAAUGUCAUCAUCAGUAGACUACCACCAGCUGAGUCGACACAUGCCGAACCAUCACCCGUCUCUCGACUGGAGCGGUGAUUACCAUGGCAACGGAGGACCUCAGCGAGAUAAAUCUUUGUACCUGAGUUAAUUUCCGAGCAAAGUGACACCAAACAUCGUUCACAUCCUGCUUCUGCCACAGUGCGGAACCUCAUUCGAACCGCCACUCGAGCGGAUUUGCAGUAGAGCCCCCACAAGACACACAAAAAGUCCUCACUAAAUAUUUGUUUAUCCAAAAUGAGUUACAGUCGCAUAGCAAAUAAGAGAAACGAAAUGGGGCAUAUUUAUCGUGUCCUUGAGAGGGAAGAGAGGAAAUGUAAAAACAGAGAGACUUCCUGGCUCUGCGCAUACAGUAGAUUAGUUAGACUGGUUGAAUUUGAUCUACUACUUAGCAUUAUAUUGAUUUGAACUGAAAGCAUGUGUUCCACAAAGGUUUUCACAGGCUGGGCUCAGAAGAGUGCAGGUUGAUGUAUAUAAUGUAAAGGGAUUAUUCUCGCCGACCGCUACGAAGGCGUAUUAGGGUCACACGCAAAUGCACAUUUUGGAGGAAGUUCUGACAAUGUCAUAAAAUGUAAUAUUAUAUCGGACCAUACACAGUAAUAAUCACUUCAGACAUUUCAUCCAAUAUUUGUAAAUAUUUCGACGCAAACCCAACAAACGAGGCAAUUUAAGCAAACAUUUGGAGAAUAACAAUACCUCAGUGAUUAUGGUGUUAAUAUGCAAAACAAAAAAUAAUAAUAAACAAUCUUUUUUGGUCAAAAGCAAGCAACAACUCCUCAUCUCAAGUCAACAGUAUGUUGAGUACAGUAUGGUUAUAUAUAUUUUUCUCAUUGGUUCUUUUCAGUGCGACCCAAAUACUCCUUCGUAAAAUUCCUAAAUUCCCAUUAGCCCUAAAAAAAUAAAUAAAAUAAAACACAAAAAAUCUUUCUACCUGUUUUUGUUUGUCUCUUUGUAUAGUUUGGCUGGUCUACCAGUUCUAAAAAGCUCUGAAGAGCGUGUGUAAAAUACUGUCAUGCAAUUGUUCGAGCUGUCCCCUUAGUUUUCUUUACCUCCAUAGUAUAUUGCUGCAGCCAAAGUGAAAAGAGCACAGCACACACAAGCCCACGUUGUUCUCACACAUCUGUCGGGCGCAAAUCCAGUGUAUUUUAGUCCUUGAAAUAAGGAAAUGUCAAAUCAUUAUUUGUCGAAUGCUAAGGUUUAUACGAUGACAGCUCCUCCUCCGUCCGUGCACACGUCUGCCUGUUUCCAAAAUGAGUUUGGAUCCAAAGUUACGUGUGUGCGCGAGUGAGCGAGUGUGUUGAAGAGAAAGUGGCGUGCUUGCUCGAGCUGCAUGGUCUCUUUUUUUUUGUCAUCUCGACUUCUCUGUGCACAGAGGCUAUUUAUGAACCUAUAACUAUUGCUCUGUUGGCUGUGUGUAAAUGUUUUAAUCAAGUUAUGUUUUAGUGUUAAUGAUGAGGAGAGAGACUCUCUCUCGCUCUCUCUCUCUUGCUCGCCCUGUAUCUUUUUUGUAUUUUAUGUGUUUUUUGGCAGAUGAAAGGACUCUGGGCAACAACCAUGAAGAUUUUCUUAUUUUUAGAUUCUAAAAAUGUGUUUGAGAAUAAAGUCAGUGCUGCAUUGAUGUGCAGUCAUUACUCCAAAGUCUUGA